AUGGAAGGGCCGAGGGUAAAAGCCAAAUGGCUUGAGGAUCGGUUUAGCAACCCUCUCCCGGUUGACGCCCCUGAUGAGCUUGUGCAGAAGUAUGCUCGGUUUUACAUAGUGGAGAUGUUAGGUGGUAUGCUAUUUAUGGACAAGUCUGGAGAACGGAUCUCAAUUAGGUAUCUGCAAUUUUUCGAUCCAAUCAGCAACGGAAAGAAGUAUAGUUGGGGUACUGCAGCACUAAGUUGGCUCUAUAGACACCUCUAUAAGGCAUCAGAGAAGACAGCCAAGCAGAUCGGCGGUGCACUGCUAUUAGUAUGGAAAGGGGCUAAGAUAACAACUGAUCAUUCAAUGCACGUCCUACAUGCCUAUCGUGUGUCGCUUACUUCGCUACAGCCAAAUCAGAUCAUUGCAGAUUGUCUAGGAGUCGUACAGAAAUUAUUUGGGUUCCCUGCCCGCAUAUUAUAUGGCAGGCCAGCACAUAUGGAGCAAGGCAUACCAGUCGAUGUUGAUACUUCAAUUGAAUUGCACAAGAUAACCCUCCAGGGCAAGCACCAUCAAGAUUGGGCUGAAGUACAUGCCCUGCAUAUUGCUAAAUGGGCUACGCACGCCACAAUUGCUGAUGCACCGCCCUUUCAUAGGGAGAUGAGCUACAAUGACGAGUAUAUGGUGUGGUUUCAUCCCCGCACUGUUCGCCAUAUUACAAAAGAGACUUCAUACUGGGACACUUUGGUUGAAUCGCAGUUGAGCAUUAUGGCGAAAUGCGAGCCAAGGUCUGAGAUCUACACCGACUCUAUUAAAGCCUUGCAAGCUGCUGAAGAGAUCGGUCGGUUAACCUUGGACCAUGCAUGCGAUGUGGGCAACACAAGUGAACCGGCUGUAGGGCGUGGUCGGCAAGCAGGUGGACGUCAAGUUCAAGUAAACUCACCUGUGUCCUAUAACAAACCGCAUUUUAAUUCCCUUCUCUUUUUCCAACUUCCUUAA